UCAGGAGAAAAACCAAUAACGCCAUGGUUGGACAAAGUUUCUUACCCAAUUCACAUGAAGAAUCUAUCACUUCAGGAUGUUGAAGAACUUGCAGCAGAAAUUAGAGAAGAAGUUGUGUAUUCAGUUUCGAAAUCAGGUGGCCAUUUAGGUUCAAACUUAGGCACUGUUGAGCUGACUGUGGCAUUGCAUUACGUCUUCGAUGCACCUCAAGACAAGAUCGUAUGGGACGUCGGCCAUCAGGCUUAUGCACAUAAGAUUCUUACGGGGAGGAGGAGUAGAAUGCAAACAGUAAGGAAGGCUGGGGGACUCUCCGGAUUUCCAAGAAGGGAUGAAAGUAUUUAUGAUACUUUUGGUGCUGGACACAGCUCUACAAGCAUUUCAGCUGCUCUUGGCAUGGCAAUUGCAAGGGAUUUGAAAGGAGAAGAAAACAAUGUUGUUUCAGUGAUAGGAGAUGGAGCGAUGACGGCAGGACAAGCAUAUGAAGCCAUGAACAACGCAGGCUAUCUCAAUUCCAAUCUCAUCAUCAUCCUCAACGACAACGCCCAAGUCUCUCUCCCAACCGCCACCCUCGACGGUCCAGCCCCUCCCGUAGGAGCCCUCAGCGCUGCAUUAGCGGAGCUCCGACAACGACCAUUCGUGGGAGCCACAGAGGUGAAGAAGACAAAGAAUAUGGUGGGGUGUGGUUUGUUUGGAGAUCUUGGUUUACAGUAUGUGGGUCCAGUGGAUGGGCAUAAUGUUAGAGAAUUGGUGUCCACUUUUGAAGAUGUGAAGCAAAGGUGUAAGAAUAAUAAUAAUAAUGAUAAAGGUCCAUUUUUUAUCCAUGUCUUUACACAAAAAGGGAAGGGCUAUCCUCCAGCUGAGGCUGCACCCGAUAGAAUGCAUGGAGUGGUGGAGUUUGAGGCAAAGACAGGGAAGCAGGUGAAAAAUACCAAAUCGAAAGCACAACUUUCAUUCAGUCAAUACUUUGCGGAGUCACUGAUUAAAGCAGCAGAAUGUGACGAUAGGAUUGUAGGGAUCCAUGCCGCGAUGGGAGCUGGAACAGCGCUUAAUUACUUCCAGAAGCGAUUUCCAGAUCGGUGCUUCGAUGUGGGGAUUGCGGAGCAGCACGCCGUGAGUUUUGCGGCUGGGUUGGCCACACAGGGGAUGAAACCAUUUUGCUCUGUUUACUCCACUUUCCUUCAACGUGCCUUUGAUCAGGUACAUGAUGUAGAUCUUCAAAAAUUACCGGUUCGGUUUGUGGUGGAUCGGGCGGGUUUGGCGGGUCCUGAAGGUCCAACCCAUUGUGGAGCAUUUGAUAUUCUAUAUACUUCUUGUUUGUCCAACAUGAUCGUCAUGGCACCAUCUGAUGAAGCUGAGCUUAUUCGCAUGGUGGCCACAGCAAUUGUCAUUGAUGACAGACCAAGCUGCUUCAGGUUUCCAAAGGGCAAUGGAAUUGGAGCACUUCUCCCUCUCCAUUACAAAGGAACCCCACUUGAGAUUGGAAAGGGUAGGGUAUUGAUGGAAGGCAAUAGGGUUGCUCUCUUGGGGUAUGGAUCAAUAGUUCAACAAUGUCUUGAAGCUGCAAGAAUUCUGAAAACUCUAGGUGUUUCCACGACGGUUGCAGAUGCAAGAUUUUGCAAGCCUCUCGACUCAGAACUCGUCAAGUGCUUAGCUAAGCAGCAUGAGAUCCUUAUUACUGUAGAGGAGGGCUCAAUAGGAGGCUUUGGAUCACAUGUUUCACAAUUCUUAAGCUUAACUGGAAUCUUAGAUGGACCACUUAAGUUUAGGGCUAUGGUACUUCCAGAUAGAUACAUUGAACAAGGAUUGCCUCACCAUCAGCUAGAAGAAGCUGGGUUGUCUGCCAUGAAUAUUGUUUCAGUAGCACUAUCUCUUCUUGGGACAGCAAAGGAACGUGAUGAAAUUAAAUUAGUCUAA